AAUAUUUAGGGACCCCUUUUAGGGUCGCGGUACAAACAUGUUCCAUGCAUAGCAAUAUUCCACCUGUGUGUGAACGGAGUAGCGUGCUCGGUCGUCGGGGAAGUGGACUUUUCGCCACCCGCUAGCAAGCCGUGUCGUCGUGUUGCUGUUGAGUGAGUGGAAGAAGCAGAGCUCGCCCACAGCAGCAGCGAGCACAUCCCACGUAGUCGCGCGACACUCCGCAACAACAAUGGCCAAGCGUAGUCUGUGGCGGUAGGAGCUCUGUCUCGCUCUCUCGUCGGAGUCCUCCCUCCCCGAUUUCACUCGAUUUUUUUGUUUUUGUUUUGUUUCUUUCUUUUGUUUUCACACCACGGUGGCGAAAAACGAACCCGCGCGGGGAUAUUGGCCUCGGUGCUUUUUUGUUUUUGUUUGGAAUCAUCCCACAAUGUUCGAGGCGAGCCCACACGGACCGUGCGUGUGUGUCCCCGCCGCUGCUGCUUCUUCUCGGCCGCUGGGUUGCAGCUACUAACCUAGCCGCUUUUCACACGGCGCUUAGCUAACGUUUUUUUUUUUUUUUUUUUUUUUUUUUUUUAGCACUCCCCCAGCCCCUGUCGUUUUCUUUAAAAAAAAAACAACACACCAAUGUUUUAGGGUAUUUGCGUGAACUGUUUUAUGACAAGAACAGUUCCGAACGAUCUUACUAUUCGUCAAAGAAGCCUGUUUGUAUGUUUGUCGCGGAAACUAGUUUGCGGGCUAGCUAACAGGCUAGCUAUUUGUGUGUGUGAGCGUGUGUGCGUGUGCGUGCGUGUAUUCGCGUAAGGAAGGAAAACGCCGAGUUUCCUUUUUUAACAAAGUAUGGAUGACCAGACCAGGAUGCUGACGGGUCUCACCGGACUUGGCGGACUACAGCCGGGGGACGUGGGCGACCCGGACUCGGUUCGGAAACAGCAGUCCCUCGGCCAGCCCCAACAAGACAUCGGGGAUAUCCUCCAGCAAAUAAUGGCCAUCACCGACGAGAGCCUGGACGAAGCACAGGCCAGAUGCUGGCCAGAAGAUUCGCCGGCGCAUUGGGGUGGAUCAGACGACCCCACAGAGGGAGGGAGAGCAGGGGGGGGCACAGCAGGGGGUGGCCUGCCAGUCAACUUCCAGUACAGGAAGCAUGCCCUUAACUGUCACAGAAUGAAGCCAGCCCUGUUCAGUGUUCUCUGUGAGAUCAAAGAGAAGACAGUGCUGAGUAUACGAGGCGUGCAGGAGGAAGACCCCCCAGAUCCGCAAAUCAUGCGCCUGGACAACAUGCUGCUGGCAGAGGGCGUAUCCGGACCAGAGAAAGGCGGAGGGUCGGCCGCGGCGGCCGCGGCUGCAGCGGCGGCGGGCGGCUCGCCUACCGACAGCAGCAUCGAACACUCCGACUACAGAGCCAAGCUGGCUCAGAUACGCCAGAUAUACCACUCCGAGCUGGAGAAGUAUGAACAGGCAUGCAGCGAGUUCACCAACCAUGUAAUGAACCUGCUGAGAGAGCAGUCUCGAACACGGCCCAUCUCGCCCAAGGAGAUCGAGCGCAUGGUGGCCAUCAUCCACCGCAAGUUCAGCUCCAUCCAGAUGCAGCUCAAGCAGAGCACCUGCGAGGCCGUCAUGAUCCUGCGCUCGCGCUUCCUUGACGCCAGACGCAAGAGGCGCAACUUCAACAAGCAAGCGACAGAGGUGCUCAACGAGUAUUUCUACUCCCACCUGUCUAACCCUUACCCUAGUGAGGAGGCAAAGGAGGAGCUGGCCAAAAAGUGUGGGAUCACGGUGUCUCAGGUCUCUAAUUGGUUCGGCAACAAGAGAAUACGUUACAAGAAGAACAUCGGCAAGUUCCAGGAGGAAGCCAACCUCUACGCAGUCAAGACAGCGGUGGACGCCGCCAAUGUGUCGGCGCAAGCUAGCCAGGCCAACUCACCGGCGACGCCCAACUCAGGCGACAGCUACCUUGGGCUGCGAUUGCUCAACGGUGAGGGCAUCAGCAUCGCACCCUCUCUACAGCCGCAGGUGGAUACCCUGCACCGUGCUACACACCUGACGGGCGGCUAUGAGGAGCUGUCAGGUAGCGGCCUCUACACCCCUCAUCGCCUGGAUGCUAACAGCUGGCAGGACCCAACCAACCCCCCCUCCGUCACCUCCCCUUCCGGAGCUCCUGGCAGCGUCCACUCCGACACCUCCAACUGAUCCGAGUGGCCUCCACCUUCCGCCGUCACGCCAUUUCCACUUGGGGCAGGGGGGGGGGGGGGGGGGGGAGGAGGGGGGUUCAGGGGGGCCCUCUCCCACCGCCAUCUUGGACUCAACGGGAUCACGUCAUGAACACAACACACUGUGCUGGAACACAGGACAGCAACGCAACCCUGGACUUCACCCCCCUCCCCCUUGCCUCCACCCUGUGUCAUGAUGUCCAUACAUAAUUGUGAAUAUGCACGUUAUUGUCUCUCACACACACACACACGCUCUUCCCCUCUGGCUUCGUUCAAUUGGUCGCCUGUACGUGCGGCCCGGCAGGCUCUCACAAAAGCGCCGCCCGGCUCGUCAUCAACAUCACCGCGUCGCGCUGUUAGCAUCCGUGCUAUGAGCGUGGCUAACCAGUUAGCAGGCGAAGAAGAAGAAAGCGUGGAUGGAACUAAUUGCCCCCUUUGUUUUUGGGUCAUUAGAUUUAACUCUUUGUUUUUUUUUCCAUUCGCUAGUUUCUCUGAUUGUAGCCAAUUUUGUGUGUGUCUUUCUUUUUUUUUGUAAGAAUGCACCAGCCGCCACCAAAAAUCCACACACGCUGCCAAUAACGCAUCGGAGAGGGCGAGGGAGGAGGGGGCUCGUGACGGCAAGGGCGACCAUCGCGAAUCUAGCGAAACUUGUCUUCUAUGCAUGUUAGGACUCGUUCUAGAUGUGUGUUCUCGUUGCCCCCUCUCACUUUUUAGCUUGGUUUUUAAUUAAGAAAAAUGGAGGAAAAAAAAUCUAUAAAAGGGUAUAAAUAUUACAGUCAGACCAAAAAAAAACAAAAAGACAUGAGCGUCACGUGUCGCUCAGUUGUGUGCGUCGUCAUGGCGACGUGCACGACUACCUUCUGUUGUACCAAAACCAAAAAUACCACAGUCAGUAAUCAUAUGAUGAUGAUGAUGCCACCCACUAUUUUUGUGUGUCUUGCUGUAUUUUUUUGGGAGGAGGGAGGUAGAAACAUAUUUUUAUUUUCAAUGUUUACAAAUACGGACUUCCCUGUGUUCCCCUCCCCACCGGCCAAUCAGACGAGGGCUCCUCUGUCUCACUUUCUCUAUUGCCCUUGUUACCAAAAAACUAAAAAAGGAACGACUCCGCUCUCUGGAACGACUUUUUAGCUAUUUUUUUAACACGAGUUUUAAUGUUCAAGUUAGGUCGUUGCCUUAUGAAGAUAGAAAGUAACUCAUUAAUGAACUCAAAUUAACUCAUUCACUUCCGACUUCAAAAGUUCCCCGUAUUGCCAACUGUUCGAGAGCAUUUUGAACGAUGUUUCAAGACCCACAGAAUAUUGUGUUCUGUGACAAAAUAUGCAGCGAACCUACCAAACGAAAGUAGAUUCUCCUCAUGCAACAGAAUUUUCGGGUGGGUUUCUUGCCUUUUCCGUUCUUUAGGAAUCAGAGGUAGAACGUAAGUUGGUUUCACCAAAAGCCGAGAAAACGAGCUUUGUGUAAGAAACGUCAAGCAAAUCAAAUCCAAAGCAAUGCAACACUGCCAUCUACUGGCGUCUGUUCUUCCAAUCUUACCGGUCGAAAAACGAACAUACUUGACGAGUAUAUUCGACAGCGGCGGUAAGCCGUUGGAUUUCAAUUGACGAUUCUAAUCGUCCAUGGCAGUGAAUGAGUUAAAAAGAGAGCAAAAAAAAAACAGAAUAAAUGACUGAUGUGAUAUCCCGAUAUGUAAUUACUUUUGUUACUUCUAAAACACCAAAAUGUCAUCAAGCCCCUCCCUCCCUCCUGCCUGCCCCUCCCCUCUCUUUUUUCUACCUGUGUAAUGGAUGUCACUGUACAGUUUGUGUAAUAUUUCACCGUUUCGUUUAUAAACUUUUGACGCUCGGCUCAAAUGCUACUUUUUUUUUUGGCCCGUUUUGUCCCCCUGUAACUCUUCUCACACACUCACAGGACUCGCUAUAUAACUCUUGUCAACUUUAUUUUGUAUUAUUGUUAUUAUUUAGGCUUUUUGUUACAUAACCGGGUGGAAAUGUGGGGUUUUACUCCGUGGGACAUUUGCUGCUGUGGAAAAUGAUGUUUCCAUAUUGAAGAAAGUGAUGGGGGGGAAAAAAAGGCCUCCACAGACUCAAAUGUCCCCCCUAAAAAGCCCUUUUGAUUAUUAUUCUUAUUUUUUUUUGUCUUCUCUUAGUAUAUUUGUAUCGCCUCUCUUUCCCUUGUAUUUACCCCUCUCUACCUCUGUCUUUCCAUCUCUGUUGUAUAUAUAACCCCCCAAAUCUCCCCAAACCACCGCUGUUUUCAGACCCACGCCUCUGUCUGAACUCCUUUUAUACCUCAACUUUAGAAUUGUUCUAGAAAGAAAGAGUUAAAAACAAAGGAAGAAUGACAAAUUGUAGUGUUCUUAUUAGAAACUUAAUAAAAAAAAAAAAUUUAGUGUGAUUUUUCAUUUUAUUUUUUUUUCCUUUUCUUCUUCCAGUAUUUGAUUUCAGAUUUUAGGAGUGUUUCAUUUUAUAAGUUGUCACAAAAUGCUCUUGUGAUAGUCAAAUGUAAUAAAAAGGAGAGAUUGCACCAUC